AUGGAUCAAGCUAUAGAUGUUGUAUGGCGAAGAGCCAACAAGUUGACUGUGAGCGAGGAGGUGGGAAGUUCCGGGUGCAGGCCGCAAUCACGCGCCAUUGUGUUGCGGCCGGCGAGCCGCGCCCUGGCCGGCCGGCAGCCGCGUACCGGACCACCGUACGUACGUCAAGAUUCCACGCUAGUUCCAGAUGACUCGUGGCCGAGCUGUACGCUCAAGAAUUCUGCCAACGAUACGGAAGUAUUGCACCCUGGUUUGAAAAUAACACUGAUUAUCUGUAAAGAACAUUAUGACCUGAUAUGUGCUAACGUAUCCGAGUCACGAUUUUACAAUACGCUAACUAAGGAAAAAAGAGAAACCUGGAAAUGCACUUUGUGUGUGAGUAAACAACCUCGAACGGAUAAUACAAACACUCCUGUUAGAUCGGCCGAGGAUAAAAUCACUACAAAGAGGGGUGCUGCGACGACUAGUCCUCAUUCACAGCUGGAUAUUUCGAUGAUGGAUAUAAAUUGUGAAAAUAAUACAUCUGACAAUUCUCGUGAAACCGGUUUGAGUGGCUCGAAUCUUGAUGUGUUAAUAUAUGAAUUACGUUUGUUUCGGGAAGAAUUGUCCACUACUAGACGGAAGAUAGGCGAACUUAAUGUUUCUUUGUCGAAUUUGGUCUCCAGAAUGGAUGCAUGUGAAACCACAAUAGAUAAGCUUAAUGCUCGUGUUGAGAAGUUGGAACAACGUAUUAACAGAGACCCCUUAAUACUUGAGCCAGAUAAUAAUACAUUUCUUGCUUCAAUGGAACAAUUAAAACAUGAAAUAAACGAUCGUGAUCAAGAGUUGUUGCUCAAUGAUAUCGAGUUAGCCUGUAUUCCAGAACAAAAGGGUGAAAAUUUGACCAGCAUCGCUAUUACUCUAGCAAAAAAAUUGGGAGUCAACAUUGGUGAGCAGGAAGUCGUGUGCGCAAUGAGAGUGGGCCGUCCACCCGGGCAAGUGGAUGCAUCGUUAUCGUCAGCGAGACCAUGGACCGUUGUAAUUCGCUUGGCAAGGCGCGCUGUGCGUGAUGAGAUGUUACAAGCAGCACGAGUGCGUCGCGGAGUCACCACCGAGGGUACGGGGUUGCCGGGUACACCGCGACGAUUUUAUGUUAAUGAGCGAUUAACUCGAGUUAAUAGGUCAAUCUAUCGACGUGCUCGUGACAUCGCAGGGCGCCUGAAUUGGCGUUUCGUUUGGUCGAGAGAUGGGAGGGUGUUUGUCCGACAGCAUCAGGGCGAUCAUGCCCCACGCCACCGUUUACGCUCGGAAGCCGAUUUGGUUCGUGUUUUUGGACCAAAUGCCGUUCAUGCUGUUGAUAAGUAG